AUGUCUACGCGAGCCUUGCGUAAGCUCCAGCGGGAGCAGGAACGGGAGAAACAACUCACUGCCCCAAGUUCGGAGCGGCAAGACGACCAUACAGAAGGCUCCGAUGAUGAGGAAUCGAUACAUUUGAUCGCCCCUGCUCAACCCAAGAAGAAGCGGAAGAACAAACUGAACGCCUUUCAGAUGCUGGAAGAUGAAGACCUAGACGAAACCAAGGACGAUGAUAAUGUCCCUCUAUCCCCAGCGGAGAAAGAAACCCUACCCCCGGAAGUGUACAAUGUAUCUGACCAUUCGACACCGCAAUCUACCAAGCCGAAGAGGAAGAAGAAAAGAAAGCCAAAGGACAAGGGCAAAGAGCGAGAUUCUUCCACCAUCACAACGGGCGAGGCUGAAAUCCCGAGGAACAAGACAGACGAGGUGGAUGAGAUUGACCGUGCACUACAGGAGCUUAACAUGCGGAAGAACCAGGCUGCAGCGCAGCACGAUAGGAGUGAAACACUACAGGCACAAGAUGCGGAAUCUUCGUGGGAGAAGGACGUCAGCAACAUGCUGGCGGUGGACUCCAAACAUCUGAACCCUACAAACGAGAUGAAGAGCCUGUUUGGCAGUAUCGCACUCGAGAGGCCGAAUCGUAAUCAGGAAAACCCCGAUGAUGAAGGGCGGAUGGGGCUUGAAUCAGCACUGACUGGUAAACACAGCCCGGUCAGUCAUGGCAAGGAGCUAGGCAGUCUUGCAAAACGGCGAAAUAUCUUCAUACAAGGACAGGAAAACUGGCCGUUGGCCACGAGUGGAGGUCUGGUGAUGGACCUGGUCCCAGACUCUACAGGCUCAUAUGGUCGGUAUUAUGGGAUUUCUCAUAUUUCCACCUACCAAGAUACCCAACGACAAUUCAGGCAGAUUGUCGAGUCAAUGUCUCCCGAUGCGAUGAUUCAUCACCUCAUUUACAACCCGUACCACAUCGCCACCCUCUUACAGGUUUCAGAGAUUGCCAAACACCAGGGUGAUCAUUCUGUGAGCGGCGAUCUACUGGAGCGGGCCUUGUUCACAUUUGGUCGCUCUGUGCACUCGGCCUUUGGUGUUUCGAUCCGAGAAGGACGCGCUCGGGUUCCGUUCAAACAACCGGCUAACAGAGAGCUAUACCUGGCCAUCUGGCGGUAUCUUCAAAACUUGGAGAUGCGAGGCACAUGGCGAACAGCUUUUGAGUGGAGUAAAAUGCUCCUGAGCUUCGACUUCACCUCUGAUCCCUAUGGCAUUACACAUACCCUGGACCAGUACGCACUCAGAGGACGUCAGCAUGAUGCCUUGAUCGGCUUGUGCUCAGAAGAUGUUUUUGGCAGGAUCUGGUCACAUCUUCCGAACAUGCAAAUCUCCAUAGCCCUUGCAUACCAUCGCGCUUCGCAGCCCAAACUAGCCCGACAGAAGCUCGCGUUGGCUAUGCACCGAUAUCCUUAUAUACUUUCCCACCUGUGCUCGACUCUCGACAUAUCCCCACUACCAAAAUCUCUCUGGGGUAAAGCCCCUUCCACUGAUGCAGAAAAAUUCUUCACCGAACUCUACGUCACCCGAGCGAAGGAUCUCUGGUCGACGCCAGAAACCACAGCCCUUCUCGUCGAAGUAGCCGAAACUCUAGGCAGCUAUUCACAAUCCUGGACAAACGCACCUCCUACUCCAAAAUUAGAAAUCUCAUUGGAAGAUGCUAGACAUGCUAUGCUUCUUGACAUACCUGCCCUUAUCGCGCUGAUCCCACGCAACUUCCGCAAUCUACCAACAGCUCAAUAUGAUGUCCUUCCUCCACCACCUUCAAUCGGAGACGCUGGCUUGACCGCCCGUGCACCCGCAACCGCCGACGGGCCAGGACAACAUGGAUUCUUGGGCUAUCUAGCCGAACUCAUGACCGCAGCUGCAAGAGGCUUUCGUGGUGGCGGGACAGUAGGUACUGCCGCUGAAAGCAGCAAUCCAGCUACACGCGAAGAAGAGCACGAAAUAAAUAAUCGCGACCUCUUCAAUACCACCCUAACACACGCCAACCUCAGCGAAGCAGACCGAACAGCCAUCCUCGCCGCCCUUGCCGACGACUUGGAUCCGACUUCACAGUCAGAGUCAGAACCAGAAGAACCACAAGCUCCAGCUCCAGCAAGAGCACAACCCUCUGGAUUCUCCCCUCGCGAGCACCUUCCUCCAACCACGAACCGCAUCAUCCGGCCCGAUGCAAUGCGCAACUACCGCGACGAAGAACGAUCCUCCUCAUUUUUCGACGCCAGACUUCCCGAACCGGUCCAAGUCCGUGAUCCCGCAGGCGCAAGACUGGCGACCGUCCCUGAUCGAGAAGCAGCAAUGUCUGGAGAUGCUGAUGUCAAUGCCCCACUUCCGCCUGAUCAGCACAGGCCGAGGCCCAGACCAACGAGUCGCUCGCCGCCCCCACAACGGAUGCCAGGCUUCAGAGCUCCCCCGCCUGCCCCAACCGUCGAAGAUGAAGAUGAAGACGAGGACGAGGACGAAGACGAAGACGAAGACGAAGCAGAGCCUAAUAACUCCGCAUCUAUUGGUGGUGACGCUAUUGCUGAAGCGUUAUCUAGCCUUCUCUCCGCAGCACGACCUUCUCAACAACGCGCCUCCAACACCACUUCCACCCAACUCCAACAAUCUCAACCUCAACCACAGCCUCAACCUGCCACCCCAGACACCAUCGAGAACGACCCACAGAGAAUCCAACGCUACCUCCUAAGCACGGGCCUGCAGAACCUCCAAUCCAGCAACCCAACCGAGGCGGCAGCAUUACAGGAAUACACGCGCCGUCUCCGUAUGCUGCGGCAUCGCGAUCAGGAAUGGACGUUGGGUGUUGUCAGGCAGCGGGUCGAUGCUGCUGCUGCCGCUGCCGCUGCAGCGAAUGGAAGGAAGGCUGAAGGGAGCGGGGCGGAGUUGGUGCAGAGGAUCCGGGCCGCCAUGGGCUGA